AACAGCCUUCAAAUGUCCGGAAGAUCAAUUUCUUCAAUUGUAGAUGAUUCGGAAACAUCGAGUGGUUCCAGAAAUCACGAAGGAUUAGAGAAACCAGUCAAAUUGGACUGGUUUUUGGCCCUGGCCGUGGACGGGGUUGUUAAUGGCAGAAAACAGAGGCUGUGGGCGGCAGUGGAGGCAGAGGUUGCUGUGGGUUGCGGCUGUGGAGUGCGGCUUGCUGUGGAGUGCGGGGUUACGGUGUUGCGGGGUUGCGGGCUGUGGGGUUGCGGUGUUGCGGGGCUGCGGGGGUUGCGGGGCUGCGGGGUUGCGGAGCUGCGGCGUUGCGGGGCUGUGGGUGCGGCUGUGGGUUACUGGUUGCGGGUUGCGGUGUUGCGGGGCUGCGGGGUUGCUGGGUGCUGGGUGCUGGGUGUUGCGGAGCUGUGGGUUACUGGGUGCGGUGUUGCGGAGCUGCGGCGUUGCGGGGCUGUGGGUGCGGCUGUGGCCUGUGGGUUACUGGUUGCGGCCUUGUGGGGUGCAGCGGAGAGGGAGAGGCAGAAAUGAAGAAUGAGAGUAUGAGACGAUGCAAUAUCAACCCUAGUCCAAAUGUCUACCUGUUGACUGCUAAAAUGACACAAAUACCCUUCUUUGUCGAGCUCAACCGAGCUACUCGAUAAAGAAUCGAGUUCGAGCUUACUCGGCUCGAUAACUAAACGAGUAUUUGUCGAGCUCGAGCCUUAUCGAGCUUUCGAGCUACUCGUUUCGCUUAACAGCUCUAGUUGCUGCUCUGAGAGGGGAAACGUUGAUUAGAAACCCAUAUGUGAGAAUGCAACCUUUCCCGGAGCAAAGCACAGCUAAAGUUAGCAAGGAACAAGAGUAGAUAAUGAGACUGCUUUUGGCAGAUUUUUGUACCCAGAACUUUUUUCUAUUUUUCUCCUUUUUCACUACCAUUGUAGAGCACUAUUAUGUGUGUCUAACGGUGGCUUCUGGUUUACUGGUUCUUUAUUACAAUGGGAUCGCCAAAACUGAAACUUAGCUUGUAUACAUUUGUACUUUAUAAAAAGGACAAAUAUUACGUGGUAUAAGGAUAGAUAUUAUAAAAAGGACAAAUAUUAGCUUUGUUAUAGCUUCAGAAUUUAUCUUUAGUUAGUUGUAGCUUCAGAAUUUAUCUUUAGUUAGUUUAUGAAAGCUAAGAAAGUGUCCCACCGCAGGAUGAUUAUUGAUUUUUAUAUUGUUAGCUAAUAUUUGUAUCCAUCCCUUUGUGAUUUUCGUACUUUCGCUAUAUUUGAGUUAUAUGAAUCAGUAUUUGAGUUCUUAUAUGAA